UUCUCGUUUCGAAAAGAACGAUGCACGAUCGGUUAUCGACCACCUCUCGUUACGAUGCUAUCGACUUUGGUUCACUUGUUCAAAGAAAUAUCGCUACGGAGAGCUCUCAACUAAUCGAUCCCACAAAAUGGUUGCGGUUUCGACGUGGCUCCAUCUGUAUCGAUUACUCGAAUCCGCGUUGUACACAUAAUGUACCGUGUUACGUAGGGUGUACGUAUUUCUAUUCAAAUAAAACGUGAAAAAUUUCAUUAGAACAAAAAGAACUCAUUUCAUGAAAUUAGAGGAUUACGAAAAUGUACAACAGAAAGAACAUAUGUUGCACAUAACUGUUCGUAUCGGUGGUUUAUCUGCAUAAGUUAAGAAUAACAAUUCAUCAUCACGCUUUGACUCGUUUCAGUUCGUCCGACUUUCGAUCGACUAUCGUUUGAAAUGUAUUUGCUCAAGAAGUAUAAAACGUUAUCGUUGCUAAUACUAUGGAGGUUAAGUUCCACUUUCCUUGUACAAACUGCUCACGUACCAGAUGAAUAUUGGCAAUCGCUGGAAGUCGCUCAUCGUUUAGCAUUUGGAUAUGGAUAUCUGACGUGGGAGUGGACUUUAAACGUUCGGAAUUACCUAUAUCCAUUUUUGAUGUCUGUAAUCUACAGAAUAUUGGCACUGGCGUCGUUAGAUUAUGUAACAAUCUUGAUAAUGGUACCUCGAAUGAUCCAAGCAAUCCUUAGUGCUUAUGGAGAGUAUAGAUUCUACAAAUGGACACAAAACAAACGGACCAUGUACAGUUUAUGUAUAAAUUGGUAUUGGUAUUAUUGUGCUACAAGGACGCUUAUAAAUACAGUAGAAACUGCGCUUACUAUGAUAGCAUUGUCUAUGUUUCCGUGGCGCGACGGUCACAUUAGGAAUCUAAACUUUUUAUGGAUCGUUGGGUUCCUAUGCACAAUGAGACCCACUGCAGCUAUCUUAUGGUUACCUCUGUGCAUUUAUCAUUUCUGCACUAACUGGAAGAAUAAGUUAACAUUGAUCGGUCAAUACAGUAUUAUAGCCAUUGUUUGUUGUACUAGUUCAAUUCUGUUAGAUAGUUUCUUCUGUAAUACUUUAGUUGUUUCCCCUUGGGAAUUCUUUCGCGUAAACGUUUUGUACAAGAUAGGAGAUUUUUACGGGACCCACCAUUUCUUGUGGUACAUUUUAUGUGGUCUACCGGUACUUUUGGGAUUGUAUUACGUUGUCUUUUUUGUAUGCGUUUGGGAGAUAGUAAAACAUCCAACGUAUUUUCAUCGUCAGACGGUUAUGUUAUUCACGAUCGUUUGGACGAUCUGCGUAUAUUCUUUACUGUCUCACAAAGAAUUCCGAUUUUUACUGCCUCUGUUACCAAUGCUAAUAUUCAUAUGCACUUCCUGUACAUAUCGUGUGGACGCAAACUCUACCAGAAUAGAGAGACAAAUAUUUGUAGUCUUAUUACUAAUUACCAAUGUCGUUCCCGGCUUUUACUUCUCCAUGAUACACCAACGCGGAUCGUUGGAUGUAAUGAAUAUUAUGCACAAAGAAAUUACCGAUACAAAUGAUAAUAAGGCUGACAUACUAUUUUUAACACCCUGCCACGCUACUCCAUUGUACAGUCAUUUACAUGUAAACGUAUCCGCAACGAUUUUAACUUGCGAGCCUAAUUUCCAUCAUUCAAAAAAUUAUAUCGACGAAGCAGACACAUUUUUUGUGAAUCCGGCGCGAUGGCUUAGUCAUCGUUACAACGAAAAAGAAAAUGUAACAAUUCCUAGCCACGUGAUAACAUUCGACAAUGUUUCGCCGGAAAUAAGUGAAUUCUUAGAAAAUUAUCGACUCUUGUCCAAGGUGUUUUAUUCGCUUCAUCCUCAGCCGAACUACGGAAGAUACAUUCAUGUAUAUAAACGCAAAUAAAAUUGUUCCCUCUGUAUUGUAAGAAACAAAA